CAUCGACUGAAGCAUACAAGUUUCAAGUAUAAAAUCCUCCACCCAAACUCCUCGUGACCUGCCAGUGUGUGUGUCGUGGUUGCAACUAUCUUGAGGUUUGUAUAGUUGCUUGACCUGGAUCCAAACCUGUCCAUUUCGAAAUGACGAUUUGACAAUUGUGCGUUGGUUGGGCAACUGGCCACAUCUCGUAGUCAUUUUUGGAUUUGCCGUCAUGCGCGUAGUCGCCCCCCUUCUCGUUGCUCUCGCCUCGGUGGCGCUCUCCCAACAAGCUUUCGACUCGCCAGCCAUGCGCGUGCUGUCGGCCUCGAGCAAGCACGACGAUGUGAGCGACGUGGCGUACGACGUGGACGACGACGAGCAAGCCGACAUUGAUUUCAGCGCAGGCAACGGCGGGGAUGUCGACUUUAGCGUGAACGCCAAGGGAAGCAGCCCUCGCACCGCAGACCAAGAGACUUCUCCACGUCGGGGUGCUGGCGGAAAACGCAAGGGAGGUGGCGCCAAGCCUCGAAGCGGGCCCGGUGGCAAGCAUCGCAAGGGUGGUGGUCCAUCCCGUGUUGCCAAGCGUCAGUCGUUCAAGAAAGUUCGACCUGCCACGGUUGGCGGAGUGGAUGCCAUCGGUACUGCGACCGACUUGCCUCGUCGUAAGAUGGGCAAAGUUGGUCCCACUGGAGGCAGCGGGGGCAAGCCUCGUCGUGCAUCUGGGGGAAGAGCCUCGUCUGGUGGUCAUGCUGGGGGCAAGGCCGGUUGGGCUUCCCACCCUGCGGGUAGCAAAGGCGGCGCGGGGAAGCCUCGCCGCGCAGCUGGUGGGAGGGCAAGUGGACCCGCCCAGCCAGUCUCUACGGGUGGCGCUAUCAAGCCACGCCGUGCAUCGGGAGGUAAAGCUGGACUCCACGCUGCCAAAGCAAGAAUGGGUGCGGAGCAAGCCAUGAACCCUCGCCGGGGAGCUGGGCGUUCCAAGCCAGCCAAAGUCAACGCUCGUCAUGCUAGCCCCGAAGAAACGACGGAGGGGUUGCCGGUCGAGUCGUCCGACGAAGUUGCUGAAGACGAGACGGUGGAAGCUGACGCGACCAAGGACGAUGAUGACGACGACGAUGACGAUGAUGAUGACGACGAUGAUGACGAUGACGACGAUGACGACGAUGACGAUGACGAUGAUGACGAUGACGACGAUGACGAUGACUUUGCUGGCGAGGCCGAUUUCCACGGCGAGUAA